AUGUCUAUAGUACUCUUGCGUUGUGUAUUAAUUUGUACAUAUUUUUUUAUUUGUUUCGGAUUCAUUGCAAGCGGUGAAUUUCUUCAAGGAAAAUAUACGCAGCAUCGUACGAUAAGCGUCGAUCCGUCGAGCGGUACGAGCUUUUCGACUAUUCAAUCGGCGAUUGAUUCCGUACCUUCGAAUAACCACAACUGGAUUUCCAUCUAUAUCAAAGCCGGAGUUUACAAUGAACAGGUGAAAAUCCCUCCGGACAAGGGGUUUAUUCGUCUGAAUGGAGAAGGGAUGGGGAAAACUAGUGUGGUAUGGGGUGCACACGAUACGAUGUUGACCUCGUCGACUUUCGAAUCGAUGGCUGAUAAUAUCGUCGUCUCCGGGAUUACUUUCGUGAACUCUUAUAAUUAUCCACCAAGCACGAACAAAAAUCCGGUGAAACCGGCGGUGGCGGCUAAGAUCUCCGGCGACAAAUCGGCGUUUUACGAGUGUGGCUUUUUGGGGUAUCAAGACACAUUGUUGGAUGAUGCCGGAAGACAUUAUUUCAACUAUUGCUAUAUUGAAGGAGCUACUGAUUUUAUCUUUGGGGGUGGUCAAUCGAUUUAUGAGAAAUGCAGCAUAAAAGUGAAUGUAGGGGAGAAAGUGAGCGGGUCGAUAGGUUUCAUAGCAGCACAGGCAAGAGCAAGUUCGAACGACGAUGGCGGGUUUGUGUUCAAACAGUGCAAUGUGACCGGAAACGGAAAGGCAUUCCUUGCUAGAGCUUGGAAACCCUAUUCCCGGGUUAUUUAUUACAAUUCCUUUCUCUCCGAAAUCGUCGUUCCUCAAGGCUGGGAUGCUUGGAAUUACGUCGGCCACGAGAAUCAAAUAACAUUUGCUGAUGAUCAAUGCCAAGGACCCGGAUCCGACAAAUCGAACCGGGUCAAAUGGGAAAAAAACCUAAGCCCAGAGGAGCUACAGUUAUUUACCAGCAAUUCGUACAUUGACAAUGAUGGGUGGAUGCACAAAAUACCUCUCAACAUUUAAUCCUACAGUUAUAACUGCUACGUACCGUAUUUCUCUAACUUGUAC